AUGAUGGAUGCAAGCAAAUGGUUAGAUGAAAAGAUUCCGGAAGAUCAAAGAGCACAAGCAACAUGUCUUCAUAUUUAUGGAACAUGUCAAAAUGGUCAUAACUCCUCCAAAGGAUCUUGUACUCACUGCAAAAAUCCAACCGUUUCUAAACAUCCAAUUUAUAAAUUCAUUUAUGCUAUUUUGGAAGGAGAGUUAAAUCUUAAUAGCUUUGUUAAUUUGGAAGAAUUAUAUAUCUCUGGUAGUGCAUCUUAUAAACAAAAAUUAACUAGUUUGAAGAUCGAUAAAUGUAACAAGUUAACUACUCUAACAAUUAAUCAUACUACUCUUGAUAUAUUAAAUGUUAGAGAGAAUGCUACUCUCCAAAAUAUUACCUUGACCUAUAAUCAAUUAGGUUAUUUAAGUUUACGUAGUAGAGCAAAUUAUAAGGAUCUUAAUUUAAGCUAUAACAAACGAAUCAUGUUCGAUUUAGAUGAUAAUAUAUUAAAAAGUCAAGUAAAGAGAUUAAUUAACGAGAUUAGAAAUGCUAAGAACACUAAUAUUGGUGAUCUAAAAUUAGAGGCUAAAAAAAUUGAAGAGGAAAAUUUGGAAUAUCAAUUAGCUGUUAUUAAAGAUAAAUUGGAGUACCAAGUAGCUUAUGCUAAAGAUAAAUUGAACGAAGAGAAUCAAUCACUUUUAGAAAUUUUACUAGAAACUCAGCAAGAAGUUUUACAAUGUGGCAAUGCUUUUGCCCGAAACAUAUUAGAAAAAGUUAAAAAACAAUUAUCCAAUGUACUAACCGCUGAUGAAAUUCAAGACUUUUUAGGCAAAAAAGUAGAGAUGAAAGAAUUGGAAACUCAAAUAAAGAAUCUCACAAUUCAAGAGCAAGAAACAUCCGAAUAG